AUGACUGUGGAUUUCAAUGGGAAGAUCGAUUCUCUGUAUCUGGAUCUGAAUGGAAAAAUUGAAGUUCUGAACAUUCAUGUUAAGAAGAUUGAUACUCAGGUUGCUCAAACUGCAGAGUCUGUAAAAAGGCAAGAAGGAUUCUUUCCUGGGAAGACUGAUACCAAUCCUAGGCAUUACUGCAGUGCCAUCUCGUUAAGGAGUGGUAAAAAGUUGACUCCUGUGCUUAAAAAAGGUGUUUCUGAGGAUGAAAUUGUGGAGUUUAAAGAAUCUGAAGAAAAUUUCGAAACUACAGAGCCGGUGUCGAGCGACACCACAACUAGUGUCGCGCGACACCAAUCGCAGAGCGAAGCUGAAGUUGUUCAGAAUCCGAAACCAACAGAAGAAAGAGUCUACAAACCUAAGAUUCCUUACCCAAGGAGUCCUAAGAAGUCUAAGCAGGAGUUAGAUGAUGCUAGAUGCAAGAUUGCUCCUACUCUCAGACACUAUGUGAAGAAGAUGGUGACUAAUAAUCUGAGUUAUGAGGAAGGAGUGAUGAUGAUUUCUGAACUAGUCAGUGCUGUGAUUCAGAAUAAGAUUCCAGAGAAACUCUCGGACCCAGGAAGCUUUGUUUUGGACUGCUCUAUCUUCUCAGAGAGGUUCAAGAGAUCGCUGUGUGAUCUUUGUUCGAGUGUCAACCUCAUGCCAUACUCUGUAGCUGUUAACCUUGGGAUGACUGACUUCAAGCCAACUAAGAUCUCUUUGAUCCUAGCAGAUCGAUCUAAAAUAAUCCCAAAAGGUGUCUUGGAGGAUGUUCCGAUUAAAGUUGGUGAUUGCAUAAUUUCUACAGAUUUCGUGGUUCUAGAAUAUGGAGAGGAACCCAAAGAUCCUCUUAUCCUGGGAAGAUCGUUUUUAGCUACAGCUGGAGCGGUAAUUGAUGUCAAGCAUGGUAACCUUGAUCUCCACCUGGGAGAUACCAUCAUGACUUUCAAGGUGGAGAAGCUGAAGGAUUCAACCAUAGGUGGUCAGACAUUCCAAGUCAGUGCAAUACCUGAAGUGAUAUUUGGAGAUCAGAACGUGUUUGAUGCUGAGAAAGUGAGAGAUCAACCUGAGUUGACGAAAACGUCUACAGAACCACUAACUGCUGUUGAUCAAGAAGCUCAAAACAUCUCACUCUAUUCAUCUCCACCAAAGCAAAGAGCACUUGGUUUUUCCAUUGAUGAUAUUGCAGGGAAUAGGUUAAAGCCGUCCAAACACAGAUCUCAUCCUUUUGCUAUUCCGGCAUUCCUUGGACGGCCUCAUACGCAAAACGCUUACACACCACCAUGGAUGAGACGACAGAGGCACUCUUUGCCACUGUCUGAUCCACCAGAUGCAUAG